UUUUACGUAGAGAGCAGGAAGUUUUUUAUUAAUCAACAGCAGCGUCGGUCUCUCAUUGUGUUUUGGCUUUAGUUUAGACCGCAGCAGUAUGAAAAUGUCUGGACGCAGAUACUUUCUAGACUGAAGUGAGGGUGUGACAGUACAGCUUCCUUAAAAUGAUCCUUCAUCGACUAGUUUUGGUGUUAAUGUGCGUGUCGCUGUCGGCCGCGGAGAGGAUCUUAACAGAGCUUCCUGACAGCUGCUCUCGACAGGGUUUGAGUUGUGCAGUCACCAAAAGUAACUGUAUGGACAGUAAAUGGCUGGAUGUUCAUGAGUACACGCCCAGCAGUCCAGAGGAGCUGCAGGUGUCUGUGGACACAAAGCGGGAUGGGACAGGACACCUGCAGCCUGUACUGUUCGCUAACUGGACGAUAAAGGAUGAUGGCAGUAUUUGUUACCUGAAAGCCACUGAGUUUCAUGUUCUGGUGUCGUCCACAAACCAGAACCUGUGUGUUCGAUAUUCUUUCAAAGACAAACUCCCAAUGAGAAAUCCAUCAGGGGAAAAGUGGUCAUUCUCAACUAAAAUGCUGUUGGACCCUGGUCAGAGAUACCGGGUCUCUGUCUUCAACAUCCCCAAACCAGAGUUGGGCCACAGCAGCUAUGAUGUCAGCACUGAUGUCAUUGUUCCUGAUUGUCAAGAUCCCAAAAUGCAGAUGACCCAGUUUUGCAUAGAGAGAGGAAGUCUGUGGCAGCCAAACAUCAAACUGGCUCAGAUCACUGCAGUCAGUGGAAGAUCUGCACUGGCUGUCAGCUUCAGUCCUGACAGACUCUGUGAGGAGUAUGUAGUUAUUGUUAGUUGCUCCAGUACCCAACAAGUAGACCGUACAUACAAGGGUAAUCAGAUGACCCUGAAUGUAACAUUCAGCCUUGAUAAAUGGCCUAGAUCUUGCUGCCAGUUUGAUGCUGAGAUCAAACCACUUUUCCCACAAUGUGGCCAGGACUGUGCCCGUCAAAGGACAACUCUGGAUGUUUGUCCUGCAAAGCCAACAGAUGCCCCCUAUGUCCAUCAGUACACAUUUGUUGCCCUGGGAGUGGUGUUUAUGUGUGUAGUGAUGGCAGUUAUUGUGUAUGUCCUCUGCAGGAAGCCAGGUAAAACUGGUAUUGUUGCACCACCUGCGGGAAGUGAGAAACCGUGGCAGCGGCAGCUUAAGCAACCGCCCAAAGUGCUGGUCAUCUACUCCCAGGACCACCACCUCUACAGGGAUAUAGUGCUAAAGCUCUGUGCCUUCCUCCAGGCCAAGUGUGGCACCAAAGUGCUGGUGGACCUGCUAGACUCCACCUCAGUAGGCAUGGUGGGUCGCCUUCGCUGGCUUGAGUGGCAACGGCAACAGCUUAAAAAUCCUUCUGACAAAAUCCUGGUGCUGUGCUCACGAGGCGUCCAGGCAAAGUGGAGGGCCAUGUGCGGUGAAGGUCAAGUGACACUGCGGGAAGACAUUGUCUCCCCUACUGAUGACAUGCUCACUCCCUUUCUCAACCUCUUCCUACCAGACAUGCACCAGGCAGGCAUGCUGGGCAAGUACAUGGUGGCUUACUUUGAUGUCAUUGGCAGCCAGCAAGACGUCCCAUCAGUUUUUGACAUCGCAGUCAAAUACAAGCUGAUGAAGCAUUUUGAAGAGCUGUACUUCCGGAUCCUAGACAUUGAGAAGUAUCAGCCAGGUCAGGUCAACCACAUCGACGGCAUCAGUGGGGAUGAAUAUUUCAACUGUCCCGCAGGUAGAGCCCUGAGGAAUGCCAUCGAAACCUUUCAGGCCUACCAGGUGGAAAAUCCUGAUUGGUUUGAGAAGGAGUGUGUGGACGGUGAGGAGGAAGUCAUGACUGAGGCUAACCUGCUCAUUGACCAGCUGGUGAUCCCUCCAGUCCUAGAGUGUGUUCCUCUAGUCAGAGAUGAGCUUCCUGUCUACAUCCAUGAGGUCAAAAUCAAUGAAAAUAGCAACAGUGUUCAUGUCCUUACACCUGAACUGAACACAGAGUGCGAGCUGUCGUCAGUGGCAGAACUUACACCAGUAGUGAACCCUGAAUGCAAACAUCAGUAUCUGUCAAACCUGGAUGAAGUGUUGACAGAUCACCUGUAUCCUCACAGAUCCAAUCCAGAAUCUGUCUACGUAGUUGAGCCUGUUUUGAACAAGCCGCCACCACCAAGACAGAACUGCCUCUCCCUCCAGAAAGAACCCUUGGGUCAAAUUCCUACUGAGGAUGAGGAAGAGGAUUCUCUACUACCUAUGAUCCAACUCUCUCACGCUCAUUUGGACCAGAGAAGCUCAUCCCUACAGAACACCCUGAACUCCAACCCUCCAGAAUCCUCAUGUAUGCAGAGUGAAUAUUUCCCUCCAUCCGAAAUCAGCCACUCUCAGCCUGUGGAGAUGGAGGAGGACGAGGUUCUGGAGCCCACUGGAAAGGGUCCGAGCAGUGGAUCUGAUCAAGGCUACAUCUCCAAAAUGUCCUCCCAGCAUGAACCACAUUUCAAAGAGGAUCCACUGGUGGCUCUGAGAAGGCUGCAGGAGGAGCUGUUUCAAUAGAAUCUAGGAUACUUUGACAUAGGUCCUGAAGGAAACUGAUGCUCACAGUCCAAAGUCCAUCCCCAGCAACAAGUACUGAACUUUCACUGACUUCAACCAACAUCACCUGCAUGAUCACAAUAAGUGCCUGAAUGUAGGAGGGUGUAAGAGGUCCAAACGCUGUAAGAAGAAUUGGACAGCGCACCUGUGAAAUCAUGUUAUAUAUAAUAACCUAUAUUAUUAAUAUGCUGUUUAACAAAGACAAAUCAAAAUGAUCAUACCUUCAUAGAACAAAUAAGUAGACACAGCGACUGGUGCAAUGUGCAUGUAGAUUUGUUCAUGUCAGUUUUUUUAAAUGGUUUGCAAUUUGUUCUAUUAAGUCAGAAUAGGGUUGUUUGAAUAGAUGUUGCACCUGGAUUUGCCGAGAUUUGGACCGGAAAAUUCAUGACCUAUUUCAAGAGAGAUGUUGGGCUUGGAGACAGCAAAUAGUAGUCAUUAGAGGAUCUGCAACUGAAUUAACUUGCUUUUAAUAUUAAUUAACUUAAUUUAACUGCUUUUGGUUCAUCACUCCGACAGGAGGAUGCAAGGCUGGAUUACCAACCAGGAAAUGCAGCAACUACCCAGGGGCCCCAGAUUCUCAGGGGGCCAAAAAGCUCCAGGUCCACAAUUUGGCAAUAACUAAAACUAACUGAAAUCUAAACUGAGCCAUAAGGCAACACCUGCAUUCUUACGCAAUCUUCAGGCCCCAUUUUUUAGAGGGGCCCUGAGAAAAUCUAUUUAAAAUUGAGUUUUAAGGCUUUUAUUAUUUCACUUUAUAUUGUGCUUUCAUGGUUUUACUAAAUACCUUUGUUCUCAAUCAAGCUUGGUGCUGUUAAACUGCAUUGUAGGCAAUAUUUCAAGUUGAUGUGUUGUCUUCUACAUCUGGCCUUUUAUCCAUGGGAAAAAGGCAAAAGCUCCACCAGUAAAAGUUUUCCAGGAAUGAGGGUAUAUUGCAAAUAACAUUUUUAUCAGUGUGUUCAUGUAAGGAUUCAGUUUUGUUUGACAAUGAAGGUCUUUUAUGGGGGUCUAACAGCACUUAUCUUUUUCCGGUUCAAUUAUUUUCCUCUGUUAUAAAAGAAUCCAUAAUAAAUAAUCUAUGUACAUUA